AUGUCCACGUUCAACAUUCGACAAUUAGAAGACAGAGCGCGAGACGUUGAUCCUGAUCUCCGCUAUAUGGCUCUUGAGGAUUUUGUCAAGCAUCUCAGCAACCCAAAAGUUCAAGCAAGAAAUGUUUCCAGUUUCAUUCCACUUUUAAUCACAAUGCUAAGCGAUAACGUCACAGAAGUUCAAAAUCAGGCAGUGAAAUCAUUUGCCCCUCUAGUUCGUCAUAUCGAUGAUCAAGAAGUUUUGUCGGUGGUGAAUCAAUUGUUCGAGGCUGUGUUGAAGAGCUCCAACACUUCCAAGUUCUCUACAUCAGUUCCGAAUUUGGCCUUGCGAUCGAUCUUCAACAGCUCGUACUCGAGGUUUGGUAAACAACUUGCUCGUUCUGUGAUCGACUCGUUGUUCCCACGUCUUUUCGCUACUGAUGCACCACUCACGAUCGACAGUAUCGAAAUCAUCAUAGAUCUCAUAAAAGCGUUAGGAGGAACCCUCACUGCGCCUGAGUUGUCGGGAAUGGUAUUGUCGCUCAUUUGCAUUGCCUACAAGGAAACUGGCAUCAUCAGUAGAAGAGCCAUAGUCGCAGUCGACUACGCUUUGGACCACGUACACCUGGUUACUCAAGAGCAAACAGUCAGGCAGUUGCAAUUCUUCGAUAAAGUGGUUUCUGAUACUCAUGCGUCAUACUCCUCAAGUGAUAAGGGUGUGGCUGCGAAAAAUACUCAAUUCACGUUACUACAAGUUGUGUUGGCAAAGGCAAGAAAGUCGAAGAGAGAUGUGUUCUCUGAUGUUUCUGCUCUGAUAAUAUUUUCAGAGAUUAAUGCAAAUUUGAGGCUUGAAUCUCUCGUGACUUCACUCAACAUAGAAGACUUGGAUGUUGAUGUCUUGGUUGUGGAGAACCUGGUUCGUGAGGACGCACUCAUCACAUUAUCAAGUCUCAUUAGCUGUAUCUCUUCUGAUACAUUUCUACAUUCAUAUGCUCACUCGGUGGUGGAAAUCAUCCGUGCAUUCAUUUCAUAUGAUCCCUUGACCUAUGAUGAUUCUGGUGACGACAUAGAUGAUGAGGAGUCUGAAAUCGAAUUUUCUAAUGAUGAAGACUCUAUUGAAGUCGAGAAAGCUGGAGACAACGAUGGCUUAGCUUCUAAACUUAGAUUCCAGGCUAUUGGGCUCAUAAAGCAGGUAAUCAAAGUCUUUCCUGGUGCUCUCGGAAUUCUAUACGGUGAAAACCUCGUGGAACCAUUGAUAAUUGCCAUUGGCGAUAAGACUGAUAUUGUUUCAAACGAAGCAGUGUACACAACGAUAUCUCUAUUGAACGCAACUCAUGCCGCUGCCACAAUGAGGUCAAGGCCAAGCUCAGAUAUCAGCAUGAUGACUGAGAGGGGCACAUCAGGCACACCAUCAUCACAGAUGACAACAACGUUGCCGCCACUUCUUGAAGAUUUCGUUUUCAAUUGUCUUUUGACAACAAAGAACAUUGGAAGAAUCACUACUACCAAUGCAUUGAUUGAGGCUAUGAUAAGAGUCCUUUCUGUAUUUCUAUCGCCGUCAUUUUUGGAGAAAUUGUCGAAAAAGCUCCAGGAAUACAAACUCACACUCAAGACCAAUCCUGAUAUAAUAAGAUUAUACAAGAUAAUCUUGAAGGUCUAUCCGAUUCAAGAAAUCCCCUCUGAUCUUGUUCAAUUCAUUUACGAUGAUUUGGUUAACUCUCUUACAGACACCAAAACAUACUACAGUUUCAUUUCCGAUAUUUUACAGGUGUGCAAUGAGUUUUAUCCGAAGAUCGCAGGUGAUCACUUUUAUGAAAAACUAGUUGACAGGACUUUGUUUAAGCCAAUUGCUGACAGGAUUAAUGUCAAGCAGUAUUCAAGCGACGUGCGUCAACAUUCACUCAAUUCUCUAACUGAACUUAUAGUCCAUCUCGACGUUUCAGAAGCAAAUCUCAAUAAUGCUAUUGAAAUUUACAAAGAGAGUAUGAAUUACGAGGUGACAGUGAAUUUCACGAUUGAGAACUUAAUAACUAUCUGUGAGAAACGAUCCCAACUUUUCGACAAUCCUGAAUUAUGCAAUCUUGUCGUGGAAAAGCUCAAUUCGUAUCUUUCAUCGAAUGAUACAAGUUUGUAUUUAAACUCAUUGAUUUUGCUUGACUGUAUUUUCACAAACACGCAUUUCAAGGGUAAGGCUGAAGAUUUGCAAAUCUUGACGAACAAUGUCUUUCAUUUUUUACAUGAGACUAGCGAUUCCAAUCUUAUCAAUCGUGCCAUUAGUAUUCUCGGUCAUGCCCUUGACUACGUCCCUGCGGAUGAAGAAUUCUUUAAGAAGCUCAUUCAUCAAGUCAUCAACGUCAAGUGGAUCGAUGAGGAUGAUGUCGAUUUAGGGUCUCUUGAUUAUUUGAUAAAACAAGUUGCGACUAGAAGCCCGCUUAAGGGUGAGCAAUUGUAUGAUAUUGGCUUGCAGAAUUUGGUAUUACGUAACUUCUUGAGUGCAAAGGUUUUGGCAAUCAUCACUCUUGAUGCUAAUCUACGCGAGAAGAUUUCUGCCGCGGAAGCCCAACUCGUGGGCGUCUCCGAAAUGCUUGAUUCGCCCUCUUCAUUCGACAAGAUUGUCUUCAAUAUUCACUACUUGGGAUGCAUUGCCGAAGCAGUCGAGUUGUCUAGAGUAACUUUCGACGAGUUCUUCUCUCUUAUGAUUUCUAACAAAAACGAGGUUCUUUGUCUUGCAGCAGCAAGGGCAGUUGGUUUGUGCAUAAAGAGAGAUGUUGAGAUGUACUUGCCCGUGCUCCUCAAGUAUUACCACUCUUCGAACCAAGGCUCGGAGCAGAAUGGUACCCUUAUUCUUGUCGCUAUUAAGCAAUUGCUAAGAGGAUAUAUCACGCACGAAAAACAAAACUUAUUGUCGCACAUUUGGCAUAGUUUGUUUGAAGUGAUUAGCUUUAAGGAGGGUACACUCACUCAUAAGGAUGUUGCGGAAUUGAAGUUGGCAGGCGAGAUAUUGGCCAAGAUAUGCGAGUUUACAAAGCUGGAAGAAUACCAGAACAAGCUUUUUGACAUCUUAGAGAGCGGAAUGCAAAGUUCAAACCUGAAUGAACACGCGGUCUACACUGUGGUUGUUAUCUCAAAACAGUUGAUAAACGAUAUUGAGUCUCAAACCUUGAAUGUGCUGUUGGUGGAGGAAAUUUUGGUGUAUCUCUCGAGAUCGAACUUGGAGCUCAAACAGGCCAUUGUUAGCACGCUCUUGACUGGUAUUCACAAUAAAGCACUCUUGAUUGCAUCAGUACUCAAUGACACUAUUUUGCCUAGCAUUUACGACGAACUAGAUGCCAAAGAUGAGUUUAAGAAGGUGAUCCCAAUGGGGCCAUAUAAGUAUGUUGUGGAUGAAGGACUUGAGGUAAGGAAAUUGUGUUAUGAGCUCAUAAAUGCCAUCAUCAGUAUUGACAAUGAACGCCUCAUGGACAAGGAAGGUGGGGUGAAUCAGGUGAGGAUGUUUGAGGUGUUGCUGGCCAAGGGACUUAACGAUACCGAGAAUGGUAUAGUGGUCAUGGCUGUUCAAAACCUCCUUCAGAUAAUUCAUAACGACGAAAAUGUAUUGCAUGCAAUUGCAAACCAGCAAGAGAUGAUUUCAGCGCUCACAAAGGUGGCUAACAAAAAGUUGCGGAGUAAAGCAAGUACGCAAGAAGCCGAAAGUCAAGAGGAAGCCUUACGAAUGGUGAUCAAGCUUCUGAAGACCAUCAACAAUGUAUUUGUUCAUAGCAACGCCACAAAUGGCGAGUGGGGGGCUUACUUCCAUGAGUUGAAGAGCAAACAUCACUUACUUUUCAACACAGUGGAGUGUUAA